AUGCCUCCUCCUGGAGUGUGUCUGAAUGUUAUGAAUGAGCGGAAUAAGAAAGAUGACAGAGGAUCUGUCACCAACCCUGACAAGUUCCUGGGACAGGACUUCAGAGAGAUACAGCAAUACUGUCUCAAGAAUGGAUUUAGGUUCAGAGAUGAAACGUUUCCUCCGGAAUGUAGUUCCAUUGGCGAUGGACUUCUUCAACCAAAUGACCUGGCGAGAGUUGUGUGGCAAAGACCAAGGACAAUGGUGAAAGAUCCUUGUUUUAUUUGGGGAGGAGGAGUGUCCAGGUUUGACGUCAAGCAAGGUAUCCUUGGGAACUGCUGGUUUCUUGCCGCUAUUGGAGCGCUGACAUUUCAAGAUGACAUUAAAAGACGAAUUAUACCUGAGGAACAGUCCUUCCAAAAGGACUAUGCAGGCAUUUUCCACUUUAGGUUCUGGAGAUUUGGGAGGUGGGUUGAUGUGGUGAUUGACGACGCGCUUCCAACAAUUGAUGGGAGACUGAUAUUUGUGCAGUCAAAAAACCCCAACGAGUUUUGGGCUGCGCUGAUGGAGAAGGCCUAUGCCAAGGUUUGUGGCACCUAUGCUGACAUGAACUUUGGCAACGUGUCUGAGGCCCUGACAGACUUCACAGGCGGCAUUCAUAUGACAUACAAGCUGGCUGAAGCCCCCCCUGACCUCUGGGACAUCAUGUACAGAGCAGCCCAGUCCAAAUCCCUCAUGGGCUGUGGCACUCCAGCAGGAGCCACUUGGACAAACACUGUUUUGCCCAAUGGGCUUGUGGAAGGCCACGCCUACACAAUUACAGGAAUUAUUAAGGUCAUGAGUAAUAACCGCCCAGUUAGACUGAUCAGGUUGUUCAAUCCAUGGGGCCAAGUGGAGUGGAAGGGUGACUGGAGUGAUGAGUCAUCCAAAUGGCAAACUGUCAGUCCAGAUGAGCGUAAAACUUGCCUCUCCAUCCGUGACGAUGGUGAAUUUUGGAUGUCAAUGGAGGAUUUCUGCCAGAGCUAUUCUGACAUGGACAUCUGUUCUAUGAGCUUUGCUUUCCUCGACGCAUCCCCAGAUUGUCACUGGACAUACAAGAUUCACGAGGGACAAUGGGUCACCGGGACCACUGCUGGUGGUUGCUUGAAUAACAGAGAUCAUUUCUGGACGAACCCUCAGUAUCGCAUCAAGUUGGAGGCCCUGAAGAGUGGAGGUGCUAAUGACAAGGACAACAACCUAUUCGUGUCCCUCAUGCAGAAGUCUGACAAAAGGAACAGGCACCAUGCCUCCAACUUCAAUAUUGGUGUCUCCAUUUUCAGCUACAAACGAAGAGAGGGUAAGUUCCCUAAAGAAUUCUUCAUGAGGAAGCCUGAAGCUUCCUCAAAAAACUUCCUGAAUGCUCGAGAGGUCAUGGAGUUCUUCAGACUGGACCCAGGCGAGUAUAUUAUUGUCCCGUCCACUUUCAACCCAAAUGAGACGGCUUCCUUCAUCCUUUCCAUAUACUCCAAGGCAGACAGCCAUCUUGAUGAAAAUUCCACUAACGGUUGGACGAUUAUAAAGUAUGAAGAAGUGGAUGCAGAGCAGCUACAGAGGCUUCUGAAUGAGAACCUUCUUGAAGGCAACUCCUCAGGCUUUGGCCUGGACACCUGCCGUAGUAUGGUUGCCUUGAUGGAUAUGAGCGAUGGCCAGCUGAACCUCUUGGCUUUGCGCUACGGUGGCUCAAGAGGAAACUUAACGCUGGAGAGCUUUGUGCACCUCACCCUGCGCGUUGAGUGCAUGUCCAGUAAGCACCAGAACGCCGCCCACCUCAUCUGUCUCAUGGAUGCAUCUUAG